GGAGCGUGUGGCCCUGGCUUUGCCUCUCCUCUGGAUGCGAUGAAAGGGCCCCGGGAGGAGAUAUUAUACGUGCCCUGCAUCUACAGGAACACCGGCAGGAACAAACCUGACUUUCUGGCCACUGUGGAUGUCAAUCCCGAAUCUCCAAACUAUUGCCAGGUGAUCCACCGCCUGCCUAUGCCCAACGUGGGGGACGAGCUGCACCACUCCGGCUGGAACACCUGCAGCAGCUGCUUCGGGGACACCACCAAGAAGAGGAACCGCCUGAUCCUCCCCAGCCUGAUCUCCUCCCGCAUCUAUGUGGUGGAUGUAGGAACUGACCCACGAGCUCCCAGGCUUUUUAAGGUUGUCAACCCGGAGGACGUCUUCUGGAAGUGUAACCUGGGCUAUCCCCACACCUCCCACUGCCUGGGCAGUGGUGAAAUCAUGAUCAGCACCCUGGGAGACCCGGCCGGCAAUGGGAAAGGUGGCUUUAUUCUGCUGGAUGGAGAGACCUUUGAGAUCAAGGGGAACUGGGAGAAGGGGGACAAGAGCCCCCCGAUGGGUUAUGACUUCUGGUACCAGCCGCGCCACAAUGUCUUGAUCAGCACUGAAUGGGGAGUCCCGAAAUGCCUGGGAUAUGGGUUUGACCCAAAUGAUCUGAAGAAAGGGCGCUACGGAUGCCGCCUCAACGUGUGGGACUGGACCACUCACACCUACAUCCAGGCCAUCGACGUGGGCGAGGACGCAGCGCCCCUGGAGAUCCGCUUCCUCCACAACCCGGACGCUGCGGAGGGGUUCGUGGGGUGCACCAUCAGCAGCGCCAUCCACCGCUUCUACAGGACCAAGCGAGGAGACUGGGCAGCCGAGAAGGUGAUCCAAGUCCCCAGCAAGAAGGUGGAGGGGUGGCUGCUCCCGGACAUGCCAGGCUUCAUCACCGACAUCCUCAUCUCGCUGGACGACAGGUUCCUCUACUUCAGCAACUGGCUGCACGGAGACGUCCGCCAGUACGACAUCUCCGACACCCGCAGGCCCAGGCUGGUGGGACAGGUCUUCGUGGGUGGCAGCAUCGCCAAGGGAGGGACCGUGGCCAUGUGUGGGGAUGAGGAGCUGCAGAGCCAGCCGGAUGCCUUUGUCAUCCAGGGCAAGAGGGUGUCGGGGGGGCCCCAGAUGAUCCAGCUCAGUCUGGAUGGGAAGCGGCUGUAUGUCACCACGUCCCUCUACAGCGCCUGGGACCAGCAGUUCUACCCGCAGCUCAUCAGGGACGGCUCUGUCAUGCUGCAGCUCGAUGUGGACACAGAGAAGGGCGGCCUGACCGUCAACCAGAACUUCCUGGUGGAUUUCGGGAAGGAGCCAGGCGGGCCCUGCCUGGCGCACGAGAUCCGCUACCCCGGCGGGGACUGCACCUCCGACAUUUGGAUUUAG